CGUGCGCGCGCCUUGUAUGCGCGCGCAGCCCGCGGCAGCUCGGAGCCUCCGCCGGGCGGGCGGGGAGGGGGAGGGGCAGGUUUUGAUUCCCACCAUGGCUAUCACACAGUUUCGGUUAUUUAAAGUUUGUACCUGCCUGGCAACAGUAUUCACAUUCCUAAAGAGAUUAAUAUGCAGAUCUGGCAGAGGACGGAAGUUAAGUGGAGACCAAAUAACUUUGCCAACUACAGUUGAUUAUUCAUCAGUUCCUAAGCAGACAGAUGUUGAAGAGUGGACCUCCUGGGAUGAGGAUGCACCCACAAGUGUAAAGAUUGAAGGAGGGAAUGGGAAUGUGGCAACACAGCAAAAUGCUUUAGAACAACUGGAACCUGACUAUUUUAAGGACAUGACACCAACUAUAAGGAAAACCCAGAAAAUCAUUAUUAAGAAGAGAGAACCAUUAAAUUUUGCCAUCCCAGAUGGUAGCACAGGUUUCUCUAGUAGACUAGCAGCUACACAAGAUAUGCCUUUUAUUCAUCAAUCUCCUGAAUUAGGUGACUUGGAUACCUGGCAGGAAAAUACCAAUGCAUGGGAAGAAGAAGAAGAUGCGGCCUGGCAAGCCGAAGAAGUUCUGAGGCAGCAGAAGAUAGCAGACAGAGAAAAGAGAGCAGCAGAACAACAAAGGAAGAAAAUGGAAAAGGAAGCACAGCGGCUAAUGAAGAAGGAACAAAACAAAAUUGGUGUUAAACUUUCAUAACAAAAUUUCCUUCAGAUGCAUAGUGCCAGUGGGAGAAAUAUGAGCUCCACAACCCAAGCAACAUUUGUAUGGAGCUAAGAGUAUUUUCAGAAUACAAAUACACUGCUUGAUUUUGAUGCAUUCAUCAGGCCAUACAGGACACCAGGCAGGAUUCUCUCAAAGUCCCUUGAACUCUUGGUGAUUGAGACUCAAAGAACAAAAAGACUUGUGAGACAGUAUUUUCUUCAACAUGUUCCAACUGUAAGACAAUUGUUCGCUGUAGAGAAAUUAUUACAAAUGUAAUAUAUCAGUACCUCUUCAAGCUAGUGUUUCUAGCUAAUUAAAUGGGUGUAAAUUUUAUGGUGGGAAAGAACUCUGCUGUCUGUAAUGCUUUCCUUCAAUGUGCAUAAUGGUAAAAUAAAUAAUUUUA